UUGAAAAUGUACACAUUAUUUGUUUAGUUGACAUUAUUGAGUAAGAAACUAAAGAAAUUAUACCUUUCCUUGGUCGUCCUGCUUAGCUUCUCUGAUAUCUCAGACAUGGCGGAUCCGGGCACGGCCAUUGUGAGCCUUUUAGGAGCAGCGAGUUCUGUAGCAAGUAUUGGGAAAAUAAUUGCAGACAUUAUAGAAAAGAAGGCACAGAACGGAAAUGCAGAAGCAGCGAAAGCACUUGCCGCAAUUAGUUCUAUGAUGGGCCCAGGAUCGUUUCCUGUGUUUGAUGGGAGUGACUAUGAAAUCUGGCGCAAUAUGAUGAGGGCUUUGCUUAUAUCCCAUGAUCUUUGGGACUUGGUGGAAAAUGGUUACAAAGCUAAGGCUUUUAAAAAAGAUGGGAAGAAGAAGGACGCCCUGGCUAUGAUGAUUAUCCUGCUGGGAGUUGACCAAUCAGUUCGUCGCUGCACUCUUAAUGCAAACAACUCAAAAGAAGCUUGGGAAGCAAUACAAAUCAAAUAUCAAGGCAUGACGGAUGAUCAGAUGGCCGAGUUCAAGGCGGCCUUCAGCCUAUUCGACAAGGACGGCGAUGGUUGCAUCACUAGAAAAGAACUUGGGACUAUGAUGAGGUCAUUGGGAGAGAAUCCCAGUGAAGCUGAUCUACAGGAUAUGAUAAAUGAAGUGGAUGCUGAUGGCAAUGGAACCAUUGACUUCUCAGAGUUUCUAAAUUUCAUGGCCGGGAUGAAGAACUAGAAUUUGGAUGGGUUAAGCUAGUGCAAUGAUUCCCAUGUCUUUCUAUUUUCAUUGUUUAUUGGAUGGUUUAAGGUUUGAUGUUGAAUUUAUUGUAAUUUUUCUCUAUUGUAAGGGUAGUGAAAUCUUUUUAUCCCCAAAAAUAUUCAAGCCAAAAAUUUUUUAAUGUAUCUAGAAAUUUUUUUUAAUGUCCCCAAAAAGAUUCAAGCCAAAGGAUUUUCUGAUUCAA